AUGUCGCUGACCACAAUGCCGUUGCAGCCACAGAGACCGCAGACGCGCGCGGUGCGCAUAUACGAUGAAAACACGCUGCCGAAUGCCGCCCUCCUUGGCAAGACCUUGCAUUCGCGCACGAAAUCGACUUCGUGUCUCAACUCUCAGCUUCCUAAGAAGGCGCUGGCCGAGAACACGCGUAACUUCAACCUGAAGGUCGCGCCGAAGGACGACUCGGAGAUUGGCAAGGCAUCGCCAGGGAAGUUCAGCUACGUGAAGGAGCAUGCACAAACACAAGCAGCACAAGCCGCGCCGUUGACACGGCCUGCCGUGCGGCCACUCGGAGUCAAGAGUGGUUCGGUCCUGAACGCACAGCCGGCUGCCAUCGAAACGAGAAAGAUCCUUCCCAAGAAGAGGCAAGUGCUGCGGGACCCAGUCGUUCCCCAGCAGCCCGCGGUCAGCGUCGAGAAGGCUAUCCACCCAGAAGUCGAACCGCUUCCCAUUGCUGGAAACCUGGCCGUCCAGCACCACCAGGAGAUCCACAUGACCGAGAAUGUUCCCAUCAAACAAGAGCCGGCAACACGCGAGCCAUGCAUCACAGAGCAGCCACAACUCCUUAAUAGCACGCACAUCAGCGAGGUCCAAAUACAUGUUCCCAAAUCCGAGGUCAACAGUGCCAUUUACGAACAAUAUCUUGAGGGCGAUUACGAGGACGAGCUUGACCCCGAGUACAACACCACCGCCGGCUCCUUUGGCGACAUCACCAGCGACUUCGCUACCGUCACCACCGUGCUCAAUCCAGCCAACAACAAGAAGGCACUGGCCGAGAUUGCCGAUGCUAAGCUGCACGUCGACGCUACCCGGACACAGGAGGAUGUCGAGGACGAGCAGUGGGACACAUCCAUGGUGGCCGAGUACGGCGAUGAGAUCUUCGAUUACAUGCGUGACUUGGAGACCCGCAUGCGACCARAUGCGCGGUAUAUGGACCAGCAGACAGAGAUCCAAUGGUCGAUGCGCGGCGUGCUCAUGGACUGGGUCGUUCAAGUGCAUCAGCGCUUCAACCUGUUGCCCGAGACUCUGUUCCUCACCGCAAAUUAUAUCGAUAGAUUUCUCUCGGUCAAGGUUGUCUCGCUUGGCAAGCUGCAGCUAGUCGGCGCCACUGCGAUAUUUGUUGCAGCCAAGUACGAGGAGGUYAACUGCCCGACCAUCGCCGAGAUCAUCUACAUGGUCGACAAUGGCUACACCGCGGAUGAGCUGCUCAAGGCAGAGCGAUUCAUGCUCAGCAUGUUGCAAUUCGAAAUGGGUUGGCCAGGUCCAAUGAGUUUCCUCCGCCGGAUCAGCAAGGCUGACGAUUACGAUCUCGAGACGCGCACAUUGGCCAAGUACUUCCUCGAGGUCACCAUCAUGGAUGAACGAUUCGUAGGCUGCAAGCCGAGCUUCCUGGCCGCCGGUGCUCACUGCAUGGCUCGCCUCAUGCUGCGCAAGGGUACCUGGAGCAAGGCGCACGUCUACUACUCGAACUAUACCUACGCACAGUUGCAUCGAGUGCUUAAGGGAAUUCACUCCUGCUGCAUUGAGGCUCAGAAGCACCACAACGCGGUCUUCGACAAGUACACCGACAAGCGCUACAAGCGUGCUUCGACCUUUGUCUCUGUGGAAAUGGAGAAGGGGUUCCAGCUGCCAGGUCUUCCAGUCAGCUCUGGAUUCUGGCAGCAAUAG